AGUACCGUUAUGAGAUUUAUUCGUGUUUUAAAUCUUUUAAAAUUACAAUAAAUGUUUUGAAAUUACUAGGAACGACAGUCUAAAGAAUGUCUGAUAAAGUUAAAACUAGUCCUAACAAUUCAUCUACAAAAUUAUGGUGGAUAACAUUUGGAGUGCUGUGCGGCGCCACAUUUGUGACGAGGUUCUACAAAGUGUUAGAACCAGAUCAUGUAUGCUGGGAUGAAACUCAUUUUGGCAAAAUGGGUAGCUGGUACAUAAACAGGACUUUCUUCUUUGAUGUACAUCCUCCUCUUGGCAAGAUGCUCAUUGCGUUGUCAGGGAAGCUGACAGGAUAUGAUGGCACCUUUCCUUUUGACAAGCCCGGAGACAAGUAUGAUGGUGCCAAAUAUGAAGGCAUGAGAAUUUUCUGUACAACCUUGGGAGCUCUUGUCAUUCCUUUGACGUUUUUAUCAUUAUGGGAGAUGACAAAGUCAUUGGACUCCACUUUCAUAGGAACAAUGCUCUUAUUAUGUGAUGUUGGUUUUCUUACUCUAAACCGGUAUAUUUUGUUGGACCCAAUUUUGCUGUUUUUUAUGAGCUGCUCUAUUUAUGGUGCUAUGAAGGUCCGUACGCUCACCACCGAAGGUCACGCGCCCUUCUCACCGACUCUCAUAACCUGGCAGCUGUUCCUUGGUGCUUCGCUAGCCUGCACCAUGUCGGUCAAGUUCGUGGGGCUGUUCGUCGUGCUGUUUGUGGGGCUGCGGACGGUGGCUGACUUGUGGGACGUCCUUGGAGACCUUACUAAACCUGUGAGCCUCACCAUGAAACAUCUGAUCGGUAGAACCAUCACCUUAAUCUUGUGGCCUGCUGCUCUCUACGUGUUCUUCUUCUGGAUACAUCUCACCGUAUUGUCAAAAAGUGGAAAUGGCGACGGCUUCUACUCGUCCGGUUUCCAAGCGCGCCUCAUAGGAAACAGUCUUCACAACGCCAGUGCGCCUCGCGUACUGGCCUAUGGCGCAGUAGUGACAUUGAAGAACCAUCGUACUGGAGGGGGGUACUUACACUCGCAUCACCAUCUGUACCCGUCCGGGGUAGGCGCUCGGCAGCAACAGAUAACAACAUACACGCACAAAGACGAGAACAACCGCUGGAUCGUCCGGCCAUACGCAUCCUCACCUUCGGGCACGGUGGUUGUGCGCAGCGGAGAUCUAGUGCGGCUCACGCAUGCGCAGACUAUGCGCAACUUGCACUCGCACAGGGAGCGCGCGCCGCUCACGCAGAAAUGCAUGCAAGUUACUGGAUACGGCGAAGACGGAGUUGGCGACGCGAACGACGUGUGGAAGAUCGUGAUCGCUGGAGGCAAAGAUGGGGACGAAAUACAAACUGUCAAGAGUAAACUCAUGUUCGUGCACUAUUUGCAAGCAUGCGCACUGGCAACAACCGGCAAGCAGUUACCAAAGUGGGGUUACGAGCAGCAAGAGGUUGCUUGCAACCCUAACUUGAGGGACAAGAAUGCGCUGUGGAAUGUUGAGGAGAAUGUAUUUGAUGACCUACCAAAAGUAAGCUUCGAGGCCUACGCAUCGGGCUUCAUAGAACGCUUCUUAGAGUCCCACGCCGUGAUGUUCCAGGGCAACGCGGGGCUCAAGGCUAAAGAAGGCGAAGUCACCAGCCAGCCGUGGCAGUGGCCUAUCAACUACCGGGGCCAAUUCUUCUCCGGUAGCGCACACAGAGUGUACCUGCUGGGCAACCCGGUGGUGUGGUGGACCAAUCUCGCGUUCCUCGCCGUGUUCUUUUUCAUUUAUGUCGUUAACUCAGUUAGGGAGAAACGGGCGGAGGCGCGUGGCAUCGUGUUGCAAGGUGGCGAAAAUGCAAGACUCCUAAAUGCAGCUGGGUGGAGUUUUGUCGGUUGGGCCCUGCACUACGUACCCUUUUGGGCCAUGGGGCGGGUGCUGUACUUUCACCACUACUUCCCUGCGUUGGUCUUCAGUUCCAUGCUAACAGGUAUACUUACUGAAUAUCUCCUAAAAAGCAUCAAAGCUUUCCUGAGCCCGGAACUUGGCCAUGCCAUCUACCAAGGAGCUAUAGGCAUUGUGUUGUCUACUGCCGUGUACAGUUUCUACCUAUUUUCGCCCCUGGCUUAUGGCAUGAGCGGUCCGCUAGCACACGAGCCAAAUUCUACCAUGGCGGGACUCAAGUGGCUUGAGGCUUGGGAGUUUUAAAUAUUUAAUUUCACUAAGAGCCACAGGCCUGGUCACUACAGUGUACCGUUUCUACCUGUUUUCCCCCUUGCUUAUGGAAUGAAAGGUCCUUUAGCACACAAGCCUAAUUCCACCAUGGCGGGACUCAAGUGGCUUGAGGCUUGGGAGUUUUAGAUAUUUAAAUUCACUAAGAUCCACAGGCCUGAUCAUUCCAGUGUACCGUUUCUACCUGUUCUCCCUCUGGCUUAUGGAAUGAGCGGUCCGUUAGCAUACAAGCCUAAUUCUACCAUGACGGGGCUCAAGUGGCUCAAGUCUAGUUUUAGAUAUUUAUGCCAUUCGCGAAGGAACCACAGGCCUGGUCUGGUGACAGUGAACCGAUUCUACCUGUUCUCCCCUCUGGCUUAUGGAAUGAGCGGGCAUUUAGUACACAAGCCAAAUUCUACAGUGGCAGGGCUGAAGUGGCUUGAGUCUUGGGAGUUUUAGUUAUUAAUAUUCGCGAGAUAGCCAUAAGCCUGGUUUGGUCCAUUAGAGAUACACUCUAAACUUGUGUAAAUUCUACCGGUUCUCUGCUCUCUUUUCUACUUGUUCGAGUGACUUGAGUCUUAAGAGAUUUAGAUAUGUUUGUCAUUCACAAAGACCUACAGCCUUGGUGCUGCCAACUACAGUGUACAUAUUCUGCCUGUGCAUUGUACAUUAUUGUUAUAGUGACUUUAAUCAACUAUUUUUAAGUCAUCAAAUGGUUGGAAAAAAAAAUAGAUUUUAUUUAUUGUAUAAUUUUUUAUUUAAUUAAGUAAGUAUAUAAUACAAAUGCGCUGAAAUCCAUGUAAAUUAUAAUAACAUAAAGUAUUGUUAUUAGGACGUCAUAUUAAUAAGUACAUAUCGUCUAACCUGUUCCGUCCAAUUUGUAUAUUUUAAGCAAUUUUUUAUACUUUUUUAAAAUAAAAUACUCAUUAUAAAUGUUUUAUUUGUAAUAUUGUCUUCGGUUACCGCGAUAGUUACUCAUGAAAUAAAACUAUG